UAGGAACGUCCUGUGGGCCGGCCAAGGCUGGCGGACUCGGGUUCCCCUCUGGAACAGCCUCUGGCACACCUCUGCGGGCUCCCGAGUGGGGGCGGGACUUGCGUGUUUUAUUUCCGGAUCCCACAGCUACGACACCGGAAGCCGGAAGUGUGAGUUUCGGCAGCGGGAGAAGGGAAGGGUGACCGCAGAACCCGGACUUUCUCGGAGCGCCAGGGCCCGAGGAGUGGUCGCGGCUCGCCGUUCCUGCCCUUCUCACGUCGGACCGACUCUGCUGACAGACCCUGACUUGUUGGAUGAACAGGCCCCCCUGGAAGAGUCAGCCGUGUGAGAUGGUGCAGCCCAGUGGCGGCCCGGCAGGGGACCAGGACGUGCCGGGUGAAGAGUCUUCUCUGGGGAAGCCAGCCAUGCUCCACCUGCCUUCUGAGCAGGGUACUCCUGAGAGCCUCCAGCGCUGUCUGGAGGAGAAUCAAGAGCUCCGAGAUGCCAUCCGGCAGAGCAACCAGAUGCUUCGGGAGCGCUGUGAGGAGCUACAGCAUUUCCAGGGCAGCCAGAGGAAGGAGAAGGAGUUCCUCAUGCAGAAGUUCCAGGAAGCCAGGAAACUGGUAGAGAGACUGAACCUGGAGAAGCUCGACCUGAGGAGGCAGAGGGAGCAGGCCCUGCAGGAGGUGGAACAUCUGAAGAGAUGCCAGCAGCAGAUGGCUGAGGACAAGGCCUCUGUGAAAGCCCAGGUGACAUCCUUGCUGGGGGAGCUCCAAGAGAGCCAGAGUCGUUUGGAGGCCGCCACCAAGGAGCGGCAGGCUUUGGAGGGCAGGGCCCGAGCUGCUAGCGAGCAGGCCCGGCAGCUGGAGAGCGAGCGGGAGACGCUGCAGCAGCAGCACAGCGUGCAGGUGGACCAGCUGCGCAUGCAGAGCCAGAGCGUGGAGGCGGCCCUGCGCAUGGAGCGCCAGGCUGCCUCGGAGGAGAAGCGGAAGCUGGCCCAGCUGCAGGUGGCCUAUCACCAGCUCUUCCAAGAGUAUGACAACCACAUCAAGAGCAGCGUGGUGAGCAGUGAGCGAAACCGAGGAAUGCAGCUGGAGGAUCUCAGGCAGCAGCUCCAGCAGGCCGAGGAGGCCCUGGUGGCCAAACAGGAAGUGAUUGACAAGCUGAAGGAAGAGGCCGAGCAGCACAAGAUUGUGAUGGAGACUGUCCCGGUGCUGAAGGCUCAGGCGGAUAUCUACAAGGCCGACUUCCAGGCCGAGAGGCAGGCCCGGGAACAACUGGCGGAGAAGAAGGAGUUCCUGCAGGAGCAGCUGGAGCAGCUGCAGAGGGAAUACAGCAGGCUGAAGGCCAGCUGUCAGGAGUCGGCCAGGAUUGAAGAUCUGAGGAAGCGGCACGUGGAGGUCUCCCAGGCCCCCUUACCCCCCACCCCAGCUCACCCCUCCUUUCACCUGGCCCUGCCCAGCCAGAGGAGAAGCCCCCCCGAGGAGCCGCCUGACUUCUGUUGCCCCAAGUGCCAGUAUCAGGCUCCUGAUAUGGACACCCUGCAGAUACAUGUCAUGGAGUGCAUCGAGUAGGGGCUGCCUGCGGGGGAGGGACCAGCACAGGACGGCGCGCUCUGUGCUUUCCCGCCUGCCCGCUCCCGACUUACGGGCUGGGUGACAGAACGGGCCACUUCUGUGAGCCCCACGAGCUAGCUCUAGGACCUUAUGCUUCAGCUCCCCCAUCUGCUGGUUUGCCUCUGUUAGGGUACAAGGAACCCGCUAGGCCUGAUGCUCUGCCCUUCUUCUUUGUGCCGUCUGCUUCAACCACUUGCCUCUGGGGGCUCCCUUGCUUUCCACCUCCACGGGCAAAGUCAAGAAUCGAGGCCAGGGCUCUCCCAGAACUUCUCGAGCCAACACAGGCAGAAGCCUUUGCUCGCAUGCGAGCUCCCAUGCGCCGUGGCGCCAGGGCCCUUGUGGGCCAUGUGGUAUUCCGUGUGGAGGCUGCGCUGCCAGUAGAUGUUGGCUGUCCACUCGUGAGGAACAUUUGGGUUGUUGCCACUCCUGUAUCGUCGCAAAGGAUGCCGCAGCGAACGUCCCUGUGCAUCACUUUGUGGGUAUCUCUGGGUCGGAUUCUUAGAAGCCGCACCACUGAGCAGCUGCAGACGGGUUAGAUGGGCCAGUGCGUUGUCCCUGCUUCCUCGGAGCCUUGCCCACAGGACGGGUGUCCAGCCUGUGGGCUUUGCCCUCUGUCAGGCAUGUGUUUCUCUAUUCCGAGUGAGCCCGAAGGGCCUUUUCCAAUUCUGCUUAAUGGCUUGUUUGUAUUUUCUGCCCGUUUUUCUGUUGGGCUGUUAGUCUUUUGUUCCUCAGUGUGUUUGAGCUCUUCGGUCAUUGGUGGGAUCGGCUCUUGUGUACGAUAGAAAUUGCAAGUAUCUUCUUUCACUCUGACUUGGACUUGAAGUUGGUCAUCUAGGCACGGCCACGCUUCUCCACCUUUCCUUCACUGCUUUGGGUUUACCGUGGUUGUGACCGGCUCGUGGCUUGACGGGGAGAUGCUUCCCCCACGUACGCUUUCCCUUUCCUUCUCCCAACACCACAGCGUGCUGCUGUCCUCCCUGAGCGCGUUGCUGCCCAGCGUGAGCGGUGGUGGCCGUGUUUCCAUCACAUCCCAGAAGCUUGUGAUGCUGUUCCCCGCACCAGCCCCGUAUGCUCCGGCCUUUUGAAGGGAAGCCACUUGGUGAUGAUUGGAAGGUUAUGAACACUAGAGGGCUCCUUACUGUUGUUUUGCAAGAUUCUGGACGUUUCCUUGAUGUCAAAGCCAAGGGCAUUAAGCCUGUGGUUGUCAGGAAGGGAUGUUGGAAGUGGAGGAAGAAUGCCCCAGCCUCGCCUGGCCCUCCCCCACCUUCCCCUGGUUGGGAAUGGGGUGUCGCUGAAGACAGCCCGGCUGGCAGCCUGCUGCGAAGACGAGCCUGGGCCGGGGGCUUGCCUGGUGUGUAUAGGAGCGGGAGCCCCUUCUCCAUUUCCUGGAGCCCAGAUGUCUAAUCACAGACGAUCGUCCUUUGGGAAGAUGUUAAAGGCACAAACAGGCUCCCCACUUCCGGGUGCUGCGUCCCAAUCCUGAUCCUGUAGUUUUUCUGCAAAACUAAAGAGCACCUUUAGUUUUGGGGGGAUGUACGAAUUUCCCAUGGCCACUGUAACAAAUGACUGACUUGGGGGCGUAAAACGACGGGAAUUCAUUCUCUCAUGGUUCUGAAAUCAGGGCGGCAGGGUUGGUUUCUUCUGGAGGCACUGAGGGAAAAUCAGUUCCGGGCCUUUCUCCCAGCCUCUGGGGGUGGCCCUUGGUGUUCUUGGCUCCAUUCUCUGCCACCCCACUCUCUGCCUCCGUGGUUACAUGGCCUCUUCUUCUUCCUGACCGAGUCUUCUCUUCUUGUCUCUUAUAAGAACACCAGGCCCUGGAUUUAGGGCCCACCUACAUCGUCCCGGAUGAGCUCAUUCUGAGAGCUUUAUCUUCCUUACAUCCACAAAGACUCUUUUUCCAACUCAGGUCAUUUUUUUUUCCUUAUUUACUUGGCAGAGAGAGAGAGAGAGAGAGAGAGAGAGAGCGCACAAGCAGGCGGAGAAGCAGGGAGCCCGCAGGGAGCCCGAUGCGGGGCUCGAUCCUAUGACCCUGGGAUCAUGACCUGAGCCGAAGGCAGUUGCUUAACCAACUGAUGAGCCACUCGGGUGCCCCUCCAACCCAGGUCAUAGCCACAAAUUCUGGGCAUUAGGACGUGCCUCUAUCCUCUGGGCCACCAUUCAGCCCAGCACGGGGCUAUCUUCCGGAGCGCACAGACUAGGAGAGAUGCGGGUGAGGACCGGUGUCUCCAGGCCCGGCGGCUCCGUCGGAGGGGCUUGUUUCCUGGGGUGAUGGUGGCCACUGGGCUGUGGAGACACUGGGCGCUCUGUGGGAAGGAAAGCUGGUUUGGUGCGGGGCGGGCCCUCGCAGGCGUGGGGACUGCUGCUCCUGGGGCCAUCCCGACUCCAGCUGGCCACCGCCGCCAGGGCCAGCAGCCACGGGCAGGAGGAGGAGAAGGAAGGCUGCGGGCUGCGGUGGGACAGAACCGUUGGACCGACCGGUGCCCUGGGUGACAGCCACCAGCUGCGUAGGCAUGGGCUUCGUGCUUUACUAGGAGAGUGGACAAAGGCCCGGGGGAGCCCUCCUCUGACUGGCUUCCUCUUCGGAAAGGAUGUUGGGAGGGAGAAGAUGAGCCCCAGGAGUGGUGAGAGAGGCAGCCGUUCCCUUCCUGGGGUGCUUUCCUCAGGUUCUGGCUUUUACUGAUGUUCGUGCCUGGGCCCCGGGCCAGCUGAGUCAGGGUCUGGGUGCAGGACCAGGCAUUGGCUGGGAACCGCUGCCCUUUCGAAGCUUCCCUUCCUGGGGUGCCCUUGCUCCCUACCUCCUCAGAGCACCCUGUGGGACCAGCUGUACACUGGACACCCAGGACUUCAAACCAGGCCAUUCACUUAGAAGGGAGGGAUUCUGCUUUUCUCCCCUUCUGGCUUUACCUAGAUCGGGCUUCCAGAACAAGUGGUUGGAUCCCUUCUGUGAGGGAAGCAGCCUGCCUACCCAAUGAGCAGUGGCCCCUUGACCUUCACAAGCCCGGGUUUGGGAGGCAGAGACAGAGAGCUGGAAGCGCAUCCCGCUGAAACCUAUGUCAUUUCUUGUUGCUCAUACGACGUUUCUUGUUGCUCAUACAACAGUAUUUCUUGUUGCUUGUACACCAAUAGUUCUUUUAAAAAUUUUUUUUUUUUUAAGAUUUCAUUCAUUCAUUUGACAGAGAGAGACACAGCAAGAGAGGGAACACCAGCAGGGGGAGUGGGAGAGGGAGAAGCAGGCUCC